CAAAAUGAAGAUAAAACAUUAAAGAUCUUAUUACAAAUGAUUUUUGAUCAAAUGCCUUCCGUACAUGUGUGACGUCAGUUAGAGACCACCGGGGUAAAUAGUGUUUCAAAAUGGCGACCAUGAUUAAAUUGAUGGAGAGAGUGGAUCCAAUUUUACAGGAUUGCUACGAUAACAACAAUAAAGCCGAAGAAGAAAGACAAAAAGAGUUUCAGUCAAUUAUCAAAAUCCAGGCAUGGUACAGAGGUCAAAAGGCAAGAGCAUAUUUAAGGUAUUUGAAUGACUGUGCAAUAGUUAUUCAAAAACGAUGGAGGGGAUUUCUGGGAAGGAAACACUACAGAGUAUAUGUUAAGAAUAAAGUUUUCAUUAUGAAGAUGAAUCAUUACAAUGAGAUGGCUGUGAAGAUUCAGAAAAUUUGGAGGGCCUAUUAUACAAGAAAAUAUAUCUUCAACUACUACAGCAGAAAGAGAUAUCUUGAAGGAUUGCAGACAAAGAAUCAAGUCAUAAGACAAGAAUUGUCGGAGUAUGCAGAACAACAGGCCAUUGAAAGAAUGAAGCACUCAGAGGAAGAAGUGAGAAGGAGACUACAGGAAUGGGCCAGCAAGAAUCAUUACUUACGAAGCACUGAGGUCAUGCCAGGGAUUUAUAAUUCACCUUUUUAUCCGUUUCCAGAGGAAAGAGAGUAUAUUUUGCAGAAUGCCAGGCCGCGAAGUCACAAGAAAGUUGUGCCAAAACAAGAACCAUUUGACCCUACUUGUAAAAGUUAUACACAUUUGGGUCCAAAACCUUUACCUCCUAUUGGAGAGAAACCACAGGGACCUUUCCGAGACCCAGGUGAGGUUCAGAAACAGCGCUACAAACCUUUCCAGCCUUCCCUGAGAGUAGCCACAGAUUUCACUUCUCUAGAAAAGGCAAGAGAAAAAAUGAAGCAGGAUGAAUGGAUAGGGAGAAUAAAUGAUAACUUAUUUGUACCCUUCUCUAAGAGACAUCGUCCUUAUGAAUCAUUGCUGCACACCACCUCACAGUAUGGCCACCUACCAUAUGGCACCAAGUAUUUUGUAGAGGAACAAGUUGACAAACACAUUUCUAAACAGCCUAUGAAAACUCUUGUGCCACCCAUUCCCAUCUUUGAGAAGCUAAAUGACACUUAUUCCCAAGGACAAGUAUAACUUGCCUGGAGUAGGAAUAUGGGAUACCUUUCAACUUAGACUGAAGACAGAGAAAACAACAAUCUGCAAACUGUUUGUAUUAUAUUUGGUGCUGCAGUGGAGAAAAAGAAUGAACCAUACAGUGAACUGUUUGAUAUCAAUAAUAAUCCAUAUCAUUUAGCAUGGACAUACAGAAAUCCAUUUAGUUCAGCCUUUUGGCACUGUCCAUUUUGAUCAUGUCAGAGAAAUAUUUGAUUACAGGUGGGAGGGGUGGGAGUAAACAAGGAACAUUACAUGCCUCUUUUGGAUUUUGAAUAUUGAGAAUUCGGAGUGAAAUUUAAAA